AGACCCAGGAAAAUUCCAGAAUUGGCAUCCUACCCGUUCGUCACCCAUCGGACGGGCGCACUUCUCCCCACACACCGAAGGAAAAGCGCUUCUAGAGCCUUCCUUUCGACCGCCCGUCCCUACCCCCCCCUCUUUAUAUUUCCGCCCGAUUAACCCGUCUUUCGCUUGCCGCUAGGGUUCUCGGCUGUCCGUCUUCUCUGUUUGCAUCGGGAUCGAUCGUGAGAGGGUUCGUCGGAGGAGAUUAUUGUUAUCGUUUCUUUUAGAUUCGAGGGACUUGUUAGGGUUUUCUGGAGUAGAAGAUGUUUGGGAGGCCGCCGAAGAAGAGCGACAACACGAGGUACUAUGAGAUUCUUGGGGUGCCGAAGAACGCAUCUCAGGAUGACCUGAAGAAGGCCUACCGGAAGGCCGCCAUCAAGAACCACCCCGACAAGGGCGGCGACCCCGAGAAGUUCAAAGAGUUGGCCCAGGCCUACGAGGUUCUGAGUGAUCCUGAGAAGCGUGAGAUAUAUGAUCAGUAUGGAGAGGAUGCUCUCAAGGAAGGAAUGGGUGGUGGCGGUGGCGGCCAUGACCCAUUCGAUAUCUUCCAAUCUUUCUUCGGUGGAAACCCCUUUGGCGGAGGUGGAAGCAGCCGAGGCCGAAGGCAGAGGAGGGGAGAAGAUGUGAUCCAUCCUCUGAAGGUUUCUUUGGAAGACCUGUACAAUGGGACAUCAAAGAAGCUCUCUCUUUCUCGAAAUGUCAUCUGCCAGAAGUGCAAGGGUAAGGGUUCAAAAUCUGGUGCCUCGAUGAAAUGCGCUGGCUGUCAGGGUUCCGGUAUGAAGGUCUCGAUUCGUCAGCUGGGACCUUCCAUGAUUCAACAAAUGCAGCACCCUUGCAAUGAGUGCAAGGGAACUGGGGAGACCAUUAAUGAGAAGGAUAGGUGCCCACAGUGCAAGGGUGAGAAGGUUGUGCAGGAGAAGAAAGUGCUGCAGGUUGUUGUUGAGAAGGGAAUGCAGAACGGCCAGAAGAUAACGUUCCCUGGAGAGGCUGAUGAAGCUCCUGAUACGGUUACAGGAGAUAUCGUGUUUGUGCUACAACAAAAGGAUCAUCCCAAGUUCAAGAGAAAGGGUGAUGAUCUCUUCUUUGAGCAUACAUUGUCCCUCACUGAGGCCCUCUGUGGCUUCCAGUUUGUCUUGACCCAUCUGGACAACAGGCAGUUGCUCAUUAAGUCGAACCCUGGUGAAGUCGUCAAGCCCGAUCAAUUCAAGGCCAUCAAUGAUGAAGGUAUGACGCUGUACCAGAGGCCUUUUAUGAGGGGAAAACUCUACAUCCACUUUGCGGUGGAUUUCCCGGAUUCGUUGACGCCUGACCAGUGCAAAGCUAUUGAAGCUGUGCUUCCCCCAAAGCCUGUUUCCCAGCUGACAGACAUGGAGAUAGAUGAGUGUGAGGAGACUACUUUGCAUGAUGUUAACAUCGAGGAGGAGAUGCGGAGGAAGCAGGCACAGGCACAGGAAGCAUACGAGGAGGAUGAGGAGGCUCAUGGUGGUGCCCAGAGAGUUCAGUGCGCUCAACAAUAAGAGAAGGAUUUCUAGUUCGAUAGAAUGUGGGCAGUUUAAUUUUGACGGCUAUGAUUGUCGUCAUUGUUAGCUAUUUGGUGAUGCUAUAAUCAUCUCGGUGGACAGCAGACUGACGUGUUUCAAGCUGCUAGAGACCUCUGUUCUAUGCAUUUUGUUUUUCACUCUUCAUGCAAAAAGAUUUGUCUAAAUACGUGGAUGGUUCGGCCAUCCACCACCAUCCCGUCAAACUUCUUAGCAAUCAUUCGCAAAUUCGUCA